GUAGGUCGGUGCUGAGCUCUCCUUAGCGGCAGCAGACGGGGAAGCCUCUCACGAAUAAAUGGCGUCCCUCCAGUGCGGAGCAGCUGAUUUCCUACCGAGCACGGCAGCACGAACGGUGGAGAGGGCCUGAUCUCAGGCGCUGUAGGCAACAGUAGCAGGUCAAAUGUUUCCAUCCCGACUUUGGAGAGACACAUAAUGAACAUGGGCAUCACCCCUUCAGAGAUAUCCUCCUCCGCCUGACUGGUUGGCCGCAUCUUCGUUAAUCCCAUUCAGGAGAUCAUCUUUUCAACCCUUACUUGAGGUUACACCAUCAAGACGGCGUUAUCUCAGAAAGCCAGCUCUGUGGCGGUGAAGAUGACCACGGCACGGUACCGUCCCACCUGGGAGCUGGCCGUGGACCCCCUGGUCUCAUGUAAGCUGUGCCUUGGAGAGUUCCCUCUGGAGCAGAUGACCACCAUCACACAGUGCCAAUGUGUCUUCUGUACACUGUGCCUGAAGCAGUAUGUGGAACUCCUGAUUAAAGAAGGACUUGAAACUGCAAUUAGUUGUCCAGACUCUGCCUGUCCAAAAAGAGGACACUUGCUGGAAAAUGAGAUUGAGUGCAUGGUGGCCACAGAGAUGAUGCAGAAAUACAAGAAGCUUCAGUUCGAAAGGGAGGUGCUGCUGGACCCAUGCCGGACGUGGUGCCCUUCCUCAACCUGCCAGGCCGUGUGCCAACUAAAGGAAGCUGAUUCUCCUGCGCUGCCCCAGCUGGUCCAGUGCGCCGUCUGUGCCCUCGAGUUCUGCUCGACCUGCAAGGCCAACUGGCACCCCGGACAGGCCUGCCAAGAGAACAACCUGCCCAUUACCUCCUUCCUACCAGGAGAAAACAGCUCUUUCUAUAAGAAUGAAGAGGAUGACGCACCAAUCAAGCGCUGUCCUAAAUGUAAAGUUUACAUUGAGAGGGACGAGGGCUGUGCACAGAUGAUGUGCAAGAACUGCAAACAUGCCUUCUGCUGGUACUGUUUGGAGUCCCUGGAUGACGACUUUCUCCUGAUCCACUAUGACAAAGGGCCCUGUCGGAACAAACUGGGCCACUCCAGGGCGUCUGUAAUCUGGCACAGAACACAGGUUGUGGGGAUCUUUGCUGGCUUCGGCCUGCUCCUGCUGGUUGCCUCCCCCUUCCUCCUUCUGGCCACUCCCAUCGUCCUCUGCUGCAAGUGCAAGUGCAGCAAAGGUGAUGACGACCCAUUGCCAACCUAAACGCGCCAUCAGAGCAGGAGCAGAGAGGCGCUUCAUGGAUGGGCCAUGUUUUAUUUCCUUUUCACCCCUUUACAUUCUUCUCCUCCCACCAGCUUUGAGUGCUUAAUUUUUUUGGGGGCUGAGCCUGCACCAGCCCCAGCCCCGGCCACUUCGGGAUCCAUCGCUCUGCAUGAGAGAGGCAUGGUUGAAAUGCGACCCUACACCUUGGCCUGAAGAGAGGUGAAGGGUCAAUGGUCAGAGGAAGUCAGACUUGUCUAAGGACCACGGUUUCCGUGUGUUAGACGUUGGUGGUUUGGGGACGUGAAGGAACUCUGGGCCACAUAAAGUGGUCCUUAGUUGCGGGUAACUGUGGUGUGGUAUUUUGGCGGGUCACUACAAACAAUGGAAAAAUCAAAGUUAAGAAAUGCUUUUCUUUUGUAUGAACAAUGCAGGAGCCACCUUAGAAAGAACUUUUACUUUAUCGCUCUGUUUUGUCGGUUUGUCGUACGCAACAAAAGCUUUUUCCCCACCACCACAAUCGAUGUAGCUCUACAGAUUCAGUCCGUAGCAUUAGAGUUACACCACGCAUGUUUGGUGUUCACUUGAUUUGCACACGGAACAUGAUUCUUACGUCAUGCUCACGACUGAGGUAGAGAUGGGAGGCUGUUGUCACUCAACUCAAUGUAAAGCGCGUCCUCUUGAUGAUGUCAAUGUUUUAUAACCUGUUGCUUUUAAUAGAACCGUGCUCAGAGUAGUGUCUGUGUUGUACUUUUGAGCGUUUUCCAAACUGCAAGGUACACUUAAAGGGGAUUGCCACUCAAAUCUAAAAUAAUACUAAUUUCUGUGGUCAAGUGACAAUGAAAACUAGUUUUGUUCAA